AUGCCGACCAGUCGGUAUUUAGGCCUCAAUGGCAUCAAACUUCAAAUAGCCAUUGGUCUGUUGGCAGGCAUGGACUUUUUGCUCUUCGGUUAUGAUCAAGGUGUCACUGGUGGUCUUUUGACAUUGGAGUCCUUUUCCAAAUAUUUCCCUACCAUCAAUACUCUCACAUCCUACGAGGAUGGUCACUCGGCAUCAUGGAAGAGUGCUCAAUCCACUCGUCAGGGUAUCGUCGUCGCCGCGUACAACCUUGGAUGUUUCUCGGGCUCUAUUCCAACAAUCUGGGUUGGUAACAUACUGGGUCGUCGCAAGGCUAUUUUCCUCGGUUCUUUUAUCAUGGUCAUUGGUGCUCUUUUGCAGUGUACCUCCUAUGAGCUGGCCCAGCUUAUUGUUGGUCGUCUAGUCACUGGCUUUGGAAACGGUAUCAACACAUCCACCGUGCCCACAUGGCAGUCCGAAUGCUGCAAGUCUCACCGACGUGGUCAGAUGGUGAUGAUUGAGGGUGCAAUGAUCACUCUGGGUAUCACAAUUAGUUACUGGAUUGACUUUGGUCUGAUGUUCACUGACCCCAAUGACGUUGCUUGGCGUUUCCCCUUGGCCUUCCAGAUCUUCUUUGCCUUGAUCAUUCUGGUCUUUGUCAUGUACCUUCCGGAGUCGCCUCGUUGGCUCAUUCUGAAGGGUCGUGAAGACGAGGCUCGUGAGGUUCUGGAAUGUUUGAUGGGUGACGAUACCGAUGAGACUUUCCUUGAAACCGAGUUCACAGCUAUUAAGGCCACUGUUCUGGAGAUGGCAAGGGGUUCAUUCCGCGACAUGUUCACCAUGGGUCCGGACCGCCACUUCCACCGUACAGUUCUGGCCUAUGUCAACCAGAUGUUCCAGCAAAUCUCUGGUAUUAACUUGAUCACUUACUAUAUCCCCACUAUUCUGGAAGAGCAGGUUGGACUUUCCGCUACCCUUUCUCGUCUGAUUGCCGCUCUUAACGGUACCGAAUAUUUUGCCGCUUCCUGGGUUGCGGUUUUCACUGUUGAGAAAUUCGGUCGUCGUACACUCAUGAUCUUCGGCGCUGUCGGCAUGUCACUUUCCAUGGUUAUUUUGGCCAUCACUGACAGUAUUUCCUCGGCGAACAAAGGUACCUCGAAAGGUACUUCGGCUGGUAUCGCUCAGGCUGUCUUCCUCUUCGUCUUCAACACUUUCUUCGCUGUUGGGUGGCUCGGUAUGACAUGGCUGUAUCCCGCUGAGAUUGUGCCUCUGAAAAUUCGUGCCCCUGCCAACGCCCUCUCAACAUCAUCAAACUGGAUUUGGAACUUCAUGGUCGUCAUGGUCACCCCUGUUGCUUUCAACAACAUCGGCUAUCAGACCUAUGUUAUUUUCGCUGUCAUCAAUGCCUUCAUUGUGCCUGUUGUCUACUUCUUCUUCCCUGAGACCACCAACCGUUCUCUGGAGGAGAUGGACCGUAUCUUCCAUAAGUCAAACAGCGUCUUCGAUGUCGUUCAUAUUGCACGCACCGAGCCACACAUGUAUGGUGCCAAUGGUGAGCUGCUUCGCCAGCUUGACGAUCUCGAGUAUGCUGCCGUCCGCCGUGCCAGCGCCGCCAAGCACCAAGGUGAACAUCGCGAAGAUGUCGCUAUUCCUGAGAUCAAGGAGAGUGACAACGGAAGCAGUGAGGAGAAGUAA